UCACAGUGGUUCAUGUUCAUCAUGAUUUGAGUUUGAAGUGACGUGUGUUUGAUGAAGUAAAGGACAACGACAGUCGUCAAAAUUUAUUGAAAAUUUCUACAUUGUAGUAUGUUGAAUUUGUUUUUGAGCUAAGGUACAUAAACUAAUCUCAAAUACAGUGCAAGGCAGUCUAAGUAGAAGCUAGACGCAUUCAGUUAGUCUGGUUGUCGCCUGGAGAGAAAUAGGAGCAAUGGCACGUCGGUGCCUUCCGUAUUGCGGACUCAUUUUACUUCUUGGUAUCAUCGCCAGUAGCAGUGGCUCUAAUCAGGUGCCAUUACCGGAUGAGACGGAAGCCACUGAACACUUGGCUGCCGCCGAGGAGCCAGUCGAGGACACAUCCACCUCUGCACAAAGCGACACGACUGACGAAGUAGUUGAACAGCUAGUGCUAGAAGGAAUGCAAAGGCAAGCUGAAGAGCAGCGGGAAGAGGAAAGAAGGCAGGUGAAAGAGGCAGAGGACACUAAACGACAACUCCAGGAGGAACAGAGACAGAAGCAAGAGGAGCAGCAGCAAAGUCUCGAAACCUUGAGGCGGCAACAAGCACAACGACAGAAGCAGCAACUCAGUGAAGAAAAUGCGCGUCUCAAGGAGGCCCAGAAACAGAAACAAUUAGAGAAGGAGCGCCUCAUGUUGCAACAGAAACAGGAUGAGCAACGAGAGGAGAGGCUGCUAGAAGAGAACGCACGUCCUCAGGAGCAGGUAGACGAGAAGGCUCGCUUGGCCGAGCAGAGCAGCAAGCAGGAAUACCUGCAGGCACAACAAGACGCUCAAGACGAGCAGUACCAGGAGACCAGCUCUACUGCUGGAAGUCAGUUUGAAAAUGAACCAGUGGAUAGAGCGGAGCACACACUGCCUGGCAGCGGUGACACAUCACCGUAUUCCACUUCAGAUGAUUUACUGUCUCCAGACACCUAUUCAGAGCCGGAGCAGGAGACUGCUGAUGCCGCCACCUCGAGUAGAAAACAGGCUGAUGCCGUGCCUGAAGUAUGGCCUGAGUCAACUGCUCCGCCCGAAGUGCCAGAAGCAGCUGCAGAGGUAUUUGAAGCUGGUGAAGCACUAGUCAAUGGCAGCAAUCCAUCACAUGCCAGAGCGUAUGAAAAGUUUGUCGAAGCGGCCGACAUGGGUAAUAUCAAGGCACGAGAGUAUGUGGCCAUAGCUCACUUGCUUGGUGAUCACCUGGUCCGGGACUGGUCCAAGGCAUAUGACAUGCUAUCAGCACUGGCUAAGGACCAUGGCUCAUCCAAGGCACACUUUUACCUGGGAAUCAUGUAUGCCUUCGGUCUGCAUGUCAACGCCAGUCAGUCCAGGGCUCUGGUGUAUUAUACAUUCUCGACCAUGGGAAGGGAACCUCUUUCCAAGAUGGCCAUGGGCUAUCGUCACCUGACUGGUGCAACCGUGCCUGAAACCUGUGAGACGGCCCUGGCCUAUUAUGCAGCAGUGGCUGAGGAUGUUGUCCCUCAUGUUUCCAUAUCUGGCGGUGAAAUGGUUUCACGUGUUCGCCUCACCGACGACUCCGAGUCUGGUGGCCAGUUGAGUGAGGACCUUGUACAGUUUUACCACUACCGUGCUUUGAAGUCGGAUGCUUCUGCACAGAUGGCACUGGGACAGUUGUACAUGCAGGGAGGUCAAGGUGUAGGAGUCGAUCUGCAGGAAGCACUGCAUUUCUUCACCAUGGCACAUAAGGGUGGUAAUACCAAUGCUGGUGGUUUCAUAGGGCAGAUCUACGCAGAGGGCAGUGAUGCCGUCCCACAGGACAACGCGACGGCCCUGCGCUAUUUGCAGGAGGCUGCCAAAGAGAACAGUCCACCUGGGCUUUAUGGCUUGGGCAUGUUCUACCUGAAUGGGCAAGUUGUUGAAAAGAAUAUGAACAAGGCGCUCGAGUACUUGCGCAAGGCAGCGCGUCAAGGCUGGCCCGAUGCACAGCUGCAGUUGGGAAUUUUGUCCUUCAAUGGUGUGAAGGGUUCGCCUAACUAUGCAGAGGCUGCCAACUACUUCACACAAGCAUCACAAUCAGGCCAUGUUCUGGCAUACUACUACUUGGCCAGAAUAAAUGCUGAAGGCCUGCAGACAGUUCGUUCUUGUCCAACUGCUCUAGGGCUGUACAAAAAUGUAGCUGAGCGUGGUUCCUGGUCCAAGAGCUUGAUGGUUGCUUACAACCACUACAAGGCUAAGCGCUAUGAAGUAGCACUACUGCUCUACAUUGUCUUAGCAGAGGCUGGCUAUGAAGUGGCGCAGAGCAAUGUCGCCUAUCUUUUAGACAAAGGACUGGCUCGCUUUGGCCUGUCCACGCACUCUGCAUACCAGAAGGCUAUCCUGCACUGGUCUAGAGCAGCUGUACAAG